CUGAAAACUCCGGGAUCUCAAAAUCGUUGGAAGCUAGAGGCAGAUGCCAUGGAGUACACCGGGAGCCAAUAUAUUGGGGAAUUUGUAGAUGGGAGGAUGGAGGGCAAAGCCGAAUACAUCCUCCCUACUGAAACAAAAUAUGUUGGUGAAAUGAAGGACGGCAUGUUUCAUGGCCAAGGAACCUUGUACUUCCCCAGCGGGAGCCGAUUUGAUGCCGUUUGGGAGAAAGGAUUGGUGGUGAAGGGCAGGUACACCUUCUCGGAUGGGCUGCAGUACGACGCUGAGAACUGGCACUACUGUGACAGCUACGAUCGGAGAUUUUACACUGAGAUCUGCCACGGCUUGAAGCCUGCAGGAAUCUCUCAACUCACCAACAUGGACCCGCCUAGAGAAAUCCCUCCCGGCUGGUAUGACUGCGGAGAUGGCUUCUACAACCCCACCACAAGAAUAGUCAAGGACUAUAGGGGUCGCUUUCUGAGAAAUGCAGGAAGGAUGCUCCAGAGCCGCCUUGGCAGCGUGUAUGUGUGUCUCUUCGCGUAGCUCUUGCUCGCCUCAACUAGUAGGAAUCAUUUGCAAAAUAACGGCACCACUAAGCCUUCCUCCCUCCCCGCAAUUAAUGACACCCCAUGCGCGUGUCUCAGAUGAAAGGCACAUUAUUAAUAUUCAAAGGAAAAAACCCUCGUAAACCAUUUUAACAUAUACAACUAACAAUGCACUAAAUUUGCUUUGUGGAAGACAGAGAGUGAGCAUUCCAAAUUAGUUUAUGUAAAAGCUGAAAUUCUUCCCCGAAAGGUCUCAGUACCAUCCUCAAAGAAUAUCCUGAUCAUCAGAAAUGCCAUCAAGAUUCCCGCCAACAUUAUCCCCUUUGUUGUCUGAAAUGUCGAAUCAAGCACAUCUGGCAAAUGUCCUAGAGCUCACAAAUCUUUCAAACAGCGUAUAAUUCCCAACGGUUAAAGAGAGAACGCCACGGCUUAAUCGUGCCGCUCUUCAAAAUAGCACCAACUUUCCUUCAAUCAGAAACAAUGGCUGGGGCUUCUUAAAAAUAUCCCAUACCAGUGAUUAUUUGCAGAGAGGGCCCUUUGCGUUUGAACCUGUGGGUUCCAGGCAGAAUUUUAAAUCAAGAUCGAAAGCCUCAUGUGACUGCACACUCCAUUAAAUGGACAAUGCGAAGAAUUAGGGAUGUGAUCUGGGGCCCGAAGAGUGACCCGGCCUGUGUGAUCUGCAGACUUUGGGAGGUGAAGACUGGCUCCACCAGAAUGAGGAUGGAGAGGAUGAAGGUGAUGGGGGGGUGGGGGACAGCUGGCAUUGACUGAGCAUUGACCCUACACCGGACACUCAACUAAGGGGGAGGGAAGUAUUGUCCUGUUUGACAAAUGAGGAAACUGAGGCUCCUUGAUGGUAAAGAAUUCCCCCAGGAAAUUUGGCAGGAACUGGGAUUCACACUCGGGCUUAUCUGCAUCCGGAGCUUGGCCUCCUUCCACUUUGCCUGGCCAGCUCCAAGAUCGUCUGUCCACAGAGGGGACCCCCCGGGCACUGGUGUUUGUCUGCUUCCCACCCAACCUGAGAAAAGCUGCGUGGUGAGCACCUGGAAGUGCAAGACCACUUGAUCCUCUAAAGUUUUUCUGGUACUAUUUAAACAGGUGGAAACUGGAAACAUCCCAAAUGUCCAACACGAGGGUACUCAUUAAAUAAUAUAUGGGAGUCUGGGAUUAGCAGAUGCAAACCAUUAUAUAUAUGAUGAAUAAACCACCAGAUCCUCCUGAAUAGGACAGGGAACCAUAUUCAAUAUCCUGUG